AGGUUCCGGAACCACAUCUCCUUCGACAACGUCCCAACCGGCGAGCCGACCAAGAAUAAUGCCAUCUCGCUGACACUCAAUGUUCGACAUCGAGGAUACCAAGCGCGACGAAGGUCACGCACCUUUAUGGUUGGCGUCGACGAGCACCCCUACUCCGACUAUGCGUUGCAGUGGCUGCUUGACGAGCUGGUUGACGACGGGGACGACGUCGUGUGUGUGAGAGUAAUUGAGAAGGACACUCGCAGCAUCGAAAAGUCCUACCAGGAGGAGGCCGAGUCGAUUCUGAAAGGUGUUGUGAAGCGGAAUGGCUCUAACAGGGCUAUCAACAUCAUUCUUGAAUACGCCGUCGGCAAACUGCAUACAACUUUCCAAACAUUGAUCCAGAUGUAUCAACCUGCUAUGCUCAUUGUCGGAACUAGAGGCCGCACGCUGGGCGGCUUUCAAGGUCUGAUCAACACACACAACUCUUUCUCCAAGUAUUGCCUCCAAUACUCGCCCGUGCCCGUUGUCGUCGUUCGACCAACGGAUAAGCGCCUUAAGAAGAAGUCGAAACGUGCCAACGAUUCAACUCGCCAGACAUAUGUGGGCAUGCUGGCCGCAACAGCUGGUAAGCAUGAGGCGGAUAGCGAAGCUAGCAGCACAUAUGAGCUGGAGGUCUCCAACACACCCGACGAGGAGGCCCAUCAGGUUGCGCGAGCUCUGGGCCUUCCUGCAUCGUUUGACCCAACGAUCAAGCCCAUCAACCCUACUCAACUCUUGAAUACUCGACCUGCCGGCCCGGCGAGCAUCAAUACUCUCGAUGAAGCCCCAGAAGAUCAACGAGUUGUCAAGGAUCCUGCCACCGCAGGCGCCGAGAGCGACGACGACGACGACGACGAUGGAGACUUCGAGGUCAUGUCAGGACAGCAGAUCUUGGACAGGCAGAAGCUCGAGCAGCUCCAUAAGAUGGAGGUGGGCGAGGCUGCCGCUCUAAAGAUGAAGGUGGAGGACGAUGAUGACGAUGAUGAUGAU